AUGGCUGCCUCUUCAUCCUCCUCCUCAGUCGGUGCGGUCAGUGGAAGCUGUGUCACUGGAUCUGGUUUCAGUGGCUCAGACCUUGCCCCACCACGGAAAGCCCUUUUCACCUACCCCAAAGGAGCUGGAGAGAUGUUAGAAGAUGGCUCUGAGACAUUCCUCUGUGAAUACGUUUUCAACUAUCAAGUGGCAUCUACGCUUAAACAGGUGAAACAUGAUCAGCAAGUUGCUCGGAUGGAAAAACUAGCUGGUCUGGUAGAAGAGCUGGAGGCAGAUAGUGGCGAUUUAAACCCAUCCAAGCAGCUGCUGGGGUUCACACCCUCUUCACGUUGA